UCCAAAGCAAAUAUGUAUUUUACCCAGGUCUGACUCAAACCAACCCACCCAAUCAUAGCUGUUCUCAAACCAACCCACCCAAUUACUACUGUACUCAAACCAACCCACCCAAUCACCACUGUACUCAAACCAGCCCACCCAAUCACAGCUGUACUCAAAAAAACCACCCAAUCAACACCGUACUCAAACCAACCCACCCAAUCACGACUGUACUCAAAAAAACCACCCAAUCACCACCGUACUCAAACCAACCCACCCAAUCACGACUGUACUCAAACCAAACCACCCAAUCACCACUGUACUCAAACUGACCCACCCAAUCACCACUGUACUCAAACUAACCCACCCAAUCACCACUGUACUCAAACCGACCCACUCAAUCACCACUGUACUCAAACUAACCCACCCAAUCACCACUGUACUCAAACCAGCCCACCCAAUCACCACUGUACUCAAACCAACCCACCCAAUCACCACUGUACUCAAACCAGCCCACCCAAUCACCACUGUACUCAACCAACCCACCCAAUCACCACUGUACUCAAACUGACUCAAUUACCACUGACUCAGCCAAUCACCAUUUUUACCAAAACUGACUCAGCCAAUAACCAUUUUACUCAACCCAGCCAACCGACCCAACCACCAGUAGGUUUAACAGACGAGUAGUGCUGGUGACAGUCCCGUAUGGCAGGAUUCAGGGUAUGUGAAUAGGGAGAGUGAACACUUCACUGUGAUGCCGUGGAAACCAGGUAUGACAAAAGCACCCGGUCACACACCCCCUCACUGCACUCAGUAAACCGAACAAGGGCAAUCAGUGUCUCUGCUUCUGUCUUACAGCCUCCUGCAGCCAAGUGCAGGUCUGAUGUCAGAAACGUGGGCUCCCCUGUGCCGCGCUAAAGAGAUUACAAAGCCUAACGCCACCUUAAUCCCGCUUCCCAUUAGAGAGAACAUAAUGCCACCUUUAUCCCUGCUCCCGCCAGAGAGAGAAGGGGAGAGCGCCUUUCAACGCCUCGCCACAUCGCACCUCAAGACGCGCGAACGAGGAGGCAGAGGUUCCACCGGGGCUUGGCCGCGAGUUCAAGUGCGAACGCGGGGAGGGAGAUACAGAGCCGGAGGUCUGAUUUAGGAGCUCUGGAAACGGGGUCCUGCAGGGUCAAAGAGGAGGAGGAAGACCUGUGGAUUCAGCGACAAGACCCUGGGCUCUGAUCGGCUUUUUAACCAUUUUUAAGAGGUUAAGGGAGCCCCGGCAUGAGUGGACUGGCAGGAGCCGGCGAAGCCGGGGUGGACUUCGGGAGCCGUUCCUGAAGCAGGCGAACGCUACCUGUGCAGAAUGACUGCGGCGUACGUGGACAGGAGGCCUGCGCUGGGGGGCGGAGCCCGCGGCCGGCAGAUAUGCCAGGGCGGCUCGGAGCAGCGCGCAGGAGAGGGGAGGCAGCCGCGCCCCCUCACCCCCCUCCAGAGGCUCAACCUGGCCAUGUGCCAGGACGAGAAGACCAUCCGCGAGCUGGCCGUGGGCCGUCGGCUCGGCCUCUACAAAGUGCGCGGCGAAAUCGGCCGGGGGAGCUUCUCCAGCGUCAAGCUGGGCAUCCACGCCCUCACUACAGAUAAAGUGGCCAUAAAGGUGCUGGAGAAGAGCCGGUUGGAUGAGAACGCGCAGCGGCUCCUGUGCCAGGAGGUCGCCAGCAUGGAGCGGCUGCACCACCCGAAUGUCAUCCGCCUGUACGAGGUGCUGGAGACGCCGUCCCGCCUCCACCUGGUCAUGGAGUACGCCGAGGGGGGCGAGCUCUACGCCCGGAUCAGUGCCAAGGGCAAGCUGCCCGACGCCGAAGCCAAGCUCGUCUUCGCCCAGAUCGUCUCCGCCGUCAAGCACAUGCACGAAAGCGACAUCGUCCACCGGGACCUGAAGGCGGAGAACGUGUUCUACACGCGCGGCGGCUGCGUGAAGGUGGGGGACUUCGGCUUCAGCGCCGCGUGCGGGCGGGCCCAGACCCUCAGCACCUUCUGCGGCUCCGCCCCCUACGCCGCCCCGGAGCUGUUCCGGGACGGGAGCUACGCGGGCGCGCCGGUGGACGCCUGGGCGCUGGGCGUGCUCCUGUUCUUCGCGGUGACGGGCGCCAUGCCCUUCCGGGCCGACACCGUGCCGCGGCUGAAGCGGCGCAUCCUGCGCGGCGCCUACGCCGUCCCGCCGGGCGUGCCCGCCCCCUGCCGCCGGCUCAUCGCCGCCAUCCUCCGCCCGCUGCCCGCCGAGCGCUGCACCGCGGAGCAGAUGGGCGGCAGCGAGUGGCUCCUGCCCGUCGCCCUCCCCCCCCCGAUCGGGCGCUUCCGCCUGGACCCCGCCUUCCUGGCGGAGGCGGGGCCGGGCGAGCUGGACGAGGACGAGCUGGAGGCGCGGGCCGCCCUGGAGGAGCUGGGCAUCACCGCCGAGCACGUGCGUAACAACCGCGACAAGUGCCGGCGGGGCGGCCUGGCGGGGGUCUACCGCAUCCUGCUCCACCGCGCCCACAAGCGCCGGGGCCUGGAGGCCCCGCCCACCCUCCGCCUCCCCGUGGCCGACCCCCGCGGGGACUGGAUCCGAGCAUACUGGCACCUGCACCACACCUCCAAGCUCUGCACCAUCGCGUAAACCCCACGCCGUCCGCGAGAGUUUUAGUAUGACUUACAUUUCAGAUGUGCCACACCUUGAUUGUGCUUGUGAUAUUUGCGCUUUGUCAAAACUUCAUGGACUGCAAUGAACUGCAAAGGUUGUUAUUUGAUGAUGCCAUAUCUCCACUGCAUUCUCAACUUUGAGUUUAAAACUUGAAUAA